GGAGGAACAGUCAUUAUUGCGCCAGUAUAACAUUCGCUUCCAGUUCUCUUGAACGAGGCAACGAGUUUUCGAGUCCACGAUAUCCACGAGAUCCAUUAUUUCGCUAUACCCGCGCGUUCAUACAUCCGCACGUCUCCCUUGCCCUGUCUUCGCUUGUACGGGAAAGGAAACCGCGUGGCCGCCCUGUAACGUCGAUAUAUUCGAUCGAUUCCCGCGAUACGAUGAGAUUGUUCUCGGGAAAUAACGAAAAUGUGACGUGAGACUGACAGAUAGGAGAGGCUUGGCAAUAACGUGACACGUUUCACAGUCGAUCGUUCAGUGUGGCACGUUCACACCGCCAAAAUGACAGUGGGAAGGACCAAUUUUCACGCGUGCUUCACCAGUGCGCUUGUGUCGGUACUGUGCUUGGUCCUGGUGGCGCUUCGUGUCGGCCAGGUGAGCGGCCAAUUGUUGGACACGGAAUUUCAACCGACGGUUACGGCGACAUGCAAGUCCGGCCAUAUGACGAUACGAGUGAACCUAAAUCAGAGUUUCGUGGGCGCCGUCCACGCGAGAGAUUUUCGGACGCCGCAAUGCAUGGCGCCCGGAAACGGGUCGACUCACGCGACGUUGGCCAUUAAUCUUCUCGCGCCCAAAGGUUCCCCGGAUUACUGCGGCGUCUUGGUAAAUAACGACACCGAGGAACGGUCCAUCCCCAUCGCGGUAAGGAUACACAAGACCUUAGAGCUGGCCGACGAUAAAUUUUACGUGAUCACGUGCGGAAAAGCUGGAUUCAAAAACGCCAAGAACGAGACCUCGCUUGUAUCGUUGCGCCUUUUGGACGGAGGCCACAAAGUGCAAGAGGCUAUUUAUGGUCACAACUACACUUUGCGUGCUGAGAUCUCGCGACCAGAUGGUAUGUACGGGAUCAAAGUGAAGUCGUGCUUCGCGUUUAAUAAACGUAACUCCAGCGUGCAGCUGAUCGACGAUAAAGGGUGUCCCGUAAAGGCUCAGGUGAUGACGAAAUUCAUCUACGAUCGAAACACCGGCCUGGCGGAUGCGACAUUGUUCUCGAUGUUCCGGUUCUCGGAUAGUACGCAGGUGCAUUUUCAAUGCGACAUCGCCGUAUGCAGAGGAAGCUGCGGUAUCCCGGUCUGCGACGACGAUAACGAGGAAGAUAUAAAGGGAGCGUCCUUAAUUAAUAGGCAAAGCGUGAGCGGCGAGGAAGGAGUGCUUCUGGCCGGCACGAGCGUGUUCGUUCUUAACCCUGGUCAAACGCCGUCGGUUCAGUCAUUGUACGAGGAUGGCAGCGUUCACCCUGUAUGGCUGUUAUGGCUGGCGGUAGCUCUCGGCAUCCUGUUCCUCAUCAUGCUGAUAAUCAAUAUAUUCCUCUGCUCGGCGAUGACCUGCAGCUGCACCAGGACAGACAUUAUCGAGAAGGAGCCAUCGAUUAUCGAGGACUACGAUCCGUAUCGUAGCUGGCACGGAUCCCAAUACGGCUCGAGGUACUCCUUAAACGGGAAGCAGGGAUACGCUUCCGGAGGAUCUACGAUGAAUUCGACGAGGUCGAUAUCGACCAACAGCGACCACUACGCCAUAGUGCAUUCGAGGCCAGGCAGCAGAUACUCGGGCCCGGGCCAGAAGCACCAUCACCAUCACAGAGGGCCGCCAUCGAACAUCGGCUCCCAUUAUUCCGGGAAAUAAUAUUCAUCGAAUUUUUGAAUAAUAAAACGAAAAGGUGGAAGGAAGAGGGGGGGAGGGGAAGAGACGAAGAGACGAACUGUUAUUUCCUAUGAUGUCUCGAACGCAUAAUUCAUAAUUCUUUUGUAACAACGCAACCGCGCGUAACGGGUAUCUAGAUUCAAUAGAAGUCAUUGCUCAUCGCUGUUCGAAAGACGAACCACAGAGGACAGAGAGGUGUAGACAAUGAAUGGGUUGAUCCUUGACUCGAGAUCGAAAAAGCAUAAGGACGCGAGAUGCAAUGAUUUGCUUAAUUAUAGCCCCUUAACGAAGAAUAAUAUGACACUUGGCCGCUUUGGCCGUGUUCGCUUCGCUUCGUUGAGGAUUGACUUAUCUAAUUUGAUACGUCCUCGAUAGUUAAUAUUAAUCAAAUUUUCUUUUUUUUUUUUUACUAAAUAGAGAAAGAUCAAAUUGAAGGAUUAUGGUUAUUUUAAAU